AUGUUAUGUGUGAGUGAGUGUGAGCGCGCGCGUCAAAACGGUGGAGAUUCCGUAAUGGAGAUGCCUAGAGGAGCGUUUGGUGAAGCUAACGAGGGUGGCACUCAGCCACUCGCUAUGCGAGACGCGUCCAUUUCAGACGUGAAAAAAGGACCUCUCUCUUUCUCUGAUGAUCUGGAUCUUAAUCGGCGACGGUUCUCCCUCCACAAACAGAAAUAG